UCCGCUGGUGCAGAAGCGGAGUUUCCGCGGGAUCGGGCCGGCGUCUGAGGGUACCAUGUAGUGUGUGGUGGGGCGGGAAGAGGCAGGUUGACGUGGGGACUCCGGGGCGGCUGCCCGGGUUGAGGUGCGCGGCGCUGCAGAGAAUUGGGUAGCAGCGGUGUGAGCGGUGGUGCGGAGUCGGGCUAGUGCUGAGCGCCGAGGAGACCGCAGCUAGGACUCCCUCUGUAAUGUUUCUCCUGGACGGUUCCCACUUCCCUGGGGGGCGGCUCCCGGAUUAGCGUUCCUUCUUCAACCUGUUGGUUUUCCUCCUGGCCUCCAAGGAGCGGACUCUUGGAGCUGCCUUUGUUUGAAGCGCUUGACUCGAUCCCCGCACAGUUCUGACCGAACAGCGAAACAGCGCCCGGCUGCUCCCUUCUCCCCGCUUCCUUUCUGCUCUUCCUCCCCUGAAGCUGACGCAGUCAUCUUGAAGUAAAGGAAUCGCCAAGGAUGGACCAGAAGUGGGGCCUCUAAAAUGGUGCCCUGUAAAAGGAGAAGAGCUGCAGUGACAGAGUCUGUGCAGCAGCCUGACGACUUAGACCUGGAGUCAGCUGCGAAGCCCGAACCCGGCCGGCUUAAAGACUUGGGGUCAGAGUCACCGUCUUGGGGUCAGCGUCAGGAGAGUUCAGUGUGCCCCGAGGUGCAUUCCGUGCAUGAUGGAGAAAGUCAGCUCAGCAUGGAGGUUCCAUCUCUCAGCUCUAAGAUGCUCACCCAGCAUGGAAACUUACCGGUUUUGGAAGCCGUUGAUGUAGCCUCUCAGGAAAUCACCCUUCCUUCUGUGGAGUCUUCUCAUUACCUUACUGUACACCCCGAUAAAGGGAGACUCCAGGCCACGGCCUCAAGGAAAGCAAAGAAAAUUGUCUUCCAGCCUGGGCAGGUUACCAGAGAAGACCAAGGAGAUCAUCCUGUCAUUGAGGAGUCUCCUUUAUUAGAAGGAGAGCCUGGCGGAGAAGUCAAGGCAGAAGGAGAAGAACAAGAGAGUGAAGAAAGUGAUCAAAGGAAAAAAACCAAAAAGGGCACCAAGAGGAAACGAGAUGGAAAGAGUCAAGAACAAGGGACGAUGGCUCAUGACCUGAAACUGGAUGACAUGCUCGAUCGGACCUUAGAGGAUGGUGCUAAGCAGCACAAUCUGACUGCAGUCAAUGUACGGAAUAUCCUGCACGAAGUAAUCACAAAUGAACAUGUUGUAGCCAUGAUGAAAGCUGCCAUCAGUGAGACAGAAGACAUGCCAUUAUUUGAGCCUAAGAUGACACGCUCUAAACUGAAGGAAGUGGUGGAGAAAGGAGUGGUAAUUCCAACUUGGAAUAUUUCACCAAUUAAGAAAGCCAGUGAAAUUAAGCAGCCUCCACAGUUUGUGGACAUUCACCUUGAAGAAGAUGACUCCUCAGAUGAAGAGUAUCAGCCAGAUGAGGAAGAGGAAGAUGAGACAGCAGAAGAGAGCUUGUUGGAAAGUGAUGUUGAAAGCACGGCUUCGUCUCCACGCGGAGUGAAGAGAUCCAGACUGCAAAUGUCGUCUGAAGUGGCUGAGACAGAUGAGGAGAGUGGCAUGUUGUCAGAGGUUGAGAAAGUCCCCACACCUGCUCUUAGGCACAUCAGUGCUGAAGUAGUGCCCAUGGGGCCCCCACCUCCUCCCAAACCAAAGCAGACUAGGGAUAGUGCUUUCAUGGAGAAGUUAAAUGCAGUAGAUGAGGAGCUGGCUUCGAGUCCCGUCUGCAUGGAUUCUUUUCAGCCGAUGGAGGAUAGUCUCAUUGCAUUCCGGACUCGGUCUAAGAUGCCCCUGAAAGAUGUUCCUCUGGGCCAACUCGAAGCUGAACUUGAGGCUCCAGAUAUCACCCCAGAUAUGUAUGACCCAAAUACAGCUGAUGAUGAGGACUGGAAGGUGUGGCUGGGGGGCCUCUUAAAUGAUGACGUGGAGAACGAGGAUGAGGCAGAUGAUGACGAUGAUCCAGAAUAUAACUUCCUGGAAGACCUUGAUGAACCAGACACAGAGGAUUUCCGUACUGACAGGGCCGUGAGAAUCACUAAAAAAGAAGUAAACGGGCUGAUGGAAGAGCUGUUUGAAACGUUCCAGGAUGAAAUGGGAUUCUCCAAUAUGGAAGAAGAUGGCCCAGAGGAAGAGGAGCGUGUAUCAGAGUCUCGGCCUAACUUCAACACCCCUCAAACCCUACGGUUUGAGGAACCAUUGGCCAACUUGUUAAAUGAACGCCAUCGGACGGUGAAAGAACUACUUGAACAGCUGAAAAUGAAAAAAUCUUCAUCCAGACCACAGCCUGAAGUGGAGAAGCUUAAACCUCAGACGGAGACAGUCCAUCAGACUCUGGUUCUAGACCCAGCACAGAGGAGCAGGCUUCAGCAGCAGAUGCAGCAGCAUGUCCAGCUCUUGACACAAAUCUACCUUCUCACCACCUCCAACCCCAACCUCAGCUCCGAGGCCAGCACCACCAGAGUGUUUCUGAAGGAGCUGGGAACCUUUGCAGAGAACUCCGUCGCCCUUCACCAGCAGUUUGACCCCCAGUUUCAGACCUUGUUCCAACCCUGUAACUGGAUGGGAGCUAUGCAGCUCAUCGAAGACUUCACACAUGUCAGCCUGGACUGCAGUCCUCAGAAAACCGUCAAGAAGACUGCCAGUGAAUUUCCCUGUUUGCCGAAGCAAGUGGCCUGGAUCCUGGCCACAAACAAGGUGUUCAUGUAUCCAGAGCUCCUUCCAAUCUGUUCACUGAAGGCAAACAAUCCUCGGGAUAAGAUCAUCUUUACCAAGGCUGAGGACAAUCUGCUAGCUUUAGGACUGAAGCACUUCGAAGGCACUGAGUUUCCUAAACCUCUAAUCAGCAAGUACCUUGUAACUUGUAAGACCGCUCACCAGCUGACGGUGAGAAUCAAGAACCUCAACCAGAACAGAGCUCCUAACAACGUGAUUAAAUUUUAUAAGAAGACCAAACAGCUGCCAGUUCUCGUGAGGUGCUGUGAAGAGAUCCAGCCGCAUCAGUGGAAACCGCCCAUUGAGAAGGAGGAACACCGGCUCCCAUUCUGGCUAAAGGCCAGUCUGCAGUCCAUUCAGGAUGAACUUCGGAACAUAGCUGAAGGCGCUGCAGAAGGAGCAGAUGUGACCACAGCCACAGAGAGCAGCACAGACCAGCCCUUGGAGAAAGCCGGCCCUGAAGUGGGGAGUGCAACUCGGUACCCAUUGCUGAUGCCCAAGGGUGUGGUGCUCAAAUUGAAGCCAGGUUCCAAGCGUUUUUCCAGAAAGGCUUGGCGACAGAAGCGGCCAUUGGUCCAGAAGCCCCUCCUCAUCCAACCGAGUCCCUGUGUUCAGCCCGUGUUCAACCCUGGGAAAAUAUCAACCUGGCCAACUCAGUCAAAAAUCCCUCCAGGCAACAGGGUGGUCCAAAUUCCUCAUCUGAUGCAGCCAAACACUGUCUUACAGACACUUCCAGGUUUCCCUCCAGUGGGGGUCAGCGGAGAAGAUACUUAUGAGUCUCCUGCAGGACCGCCUGCUGUACCUUCUGGUCCUGAAGCCAGGACCAGCUUCCCCCUGUCUGAGUCUCAGCCACCACUGUCUUCUUGUUCUGCACCCAAGAUAAUGCUACCCUCGCUUGCCCCUUCGAAAUUUCGAAAGCCAUAUGUGAGGCGGAAGCCCACAAGAAGAAAAGUGGCCAAGGUUUCUCCUUGUGUGAAACCUGCUCCCAUCAUCCACUCCACACCUGUCAUCUUCACGGUUCCUGCCGCCACAGUGAAGGUUGUGGGCCUAGCCAGUGGCUGUAACGUUAUCCAGCCCGUCAGUGCAGCCGUGGCCCCAAAUCCGCAGCCCAUUCCUAUCACCACUCUCCUGGUUAACCCUUCCUUCCCCUGCCCGUUAACCCAACCACUCGUGGCCUCCUCCAUCCCCCCCUUAAUUGUCUCUGGCAAUCCUCUGACUCUUCCUGUACCAUCUAUUCCUGAAGAUAAGGCUAAAGCGAACUUGGGUAUUGCUGAUGGAAAAAAUGCUCCUCAAAACUCUGAGUUCACAUUGAAACCCCAGGAACUAACUCCCCUGUGUGCUGCUGUCUUCUCCAAAGAGGAGUCUCGGCCAUGGUGUCUUUCAUCCGGUGCAGAAAGCCAGGGCGGAUCGUCUGAAUCGAGUGCCCGUGGCUGGACAGGUGUGAAAAUAGAACAGGUUGGGCAGGCUUUAGAGCCGUUGUCUCCCAGUCUUCAGGAGUCUCUGAACUGUGCACCGAAGGAUUUAGAAGAAAUGGUGAAGAUAGAAGCUGAGGACUGUGUGGAGGAAAUCUCUGUUAACUUCCCUGGGGAGAAAGUGAAAGCAGAAUGCUCUGUGGAAGCAGACAGUGGCUGCCCUCAGGAGAAGCUGAGUAGUGCUCUAGACAUGAGAAAAGACACAGUCCUGCAGAUGGAGGAGACUCAGCCCGCUAAAUCCCUUUCUGUGUCCCAAGACCCUCCCGAUGAGGGGCGCACACGUGGAGUUGGAAGCAAAGGAUUACCAAAAAGCACUCUGUCCUCCAUGGAGCAGGACAUGAUGCUUAGCAGUCCUCCAGGGAGGCCUGAGGAUUCAGCCAGUGCUGAGGGUCAGUCUGUGGGGACCCCAGCAGGACCAGACACUGGAGGAGAGAAAGAUGGGCCUGAGGAAGAAGAGGAGGAUGACUUUGAUGACCUCACCCAAGAUGAAGAAGAUGAACUGUCAUCAGCUUCUGAGGAGUCUGUGCUCUCUGUCCCGGAGCUCCAGGAAACAAUGGAGAAGCUGACGUGGCUGGCUUCUGAAAGGAGCAUGAGUCAGGAGGGUGAGUCUGAGGAAGAGAACUCCCAGGAGGAGAACUCUGAGCCAGAAGAAGAAGAGGAAGAGGAGGCAGAAGGGAUGGAAGCCUUGCAGAAAGAGGAUGAAGUGAAUGAUGGAACAGUUGGAGAUGCUGCUGAGAAGCCCCCUUCUACCUUGGCCUCACCCAAAACUGCUCCAGAAGUAGAGACCAGCAUAACCCCACCAGGAGACAACAUCAAAACUGCUGGAAAAAGCCGAAGCAGUCAUCGAGCUCGGAACAAACGGGGAAGUCGGGCCCGGGCCAGCAAGGACACCUCCAAGCUGUUGUUGCUGUAUGAUGAGGACAUUCUUGACCGGGACCCCCUCAGGGAACAGAAGGACCUGGCCUUUGCCCAGGCUUACCUCACCAGGGUGCGAGAAGCUCUCCAGCAUGUCCCUGGCAAGUAUGAAGAUUUCCUUCAAGUCAUUUAUGAGUUUGAGUCAAGUACCCAGAGGCAGACUGCUGUGGAUCUGUACAAAAGCUUGCAAAGCCUACUCCAAGACUGGCCUCAGCUCUUGAAGGACUUUGCUGCUUUCCUGCUUCCGGAACAAGCCCUGUCCUGUGGACUAUUUGAGGAGCAGCAAGCUUUUGAGAAGAGUCGUAGAUUCCUUCGGCAGCUGGAGAUCUGCUUUGCAGAGAACCCUUCCCAGCACCAGAAGAUUAUCAAGGUCCUGCAAGGCUGUGCAGAUUGCCUUCCUCAGGAUACCACUGAGCUUAAGACACAGAUGUGGCAGCUCCUCAAAGGCCAUGACCACCUACAGGAUGAGUUCUCCAUCUUUUUUGAUCAUCUGCGUCCAGCAUCUAGUCGGAUGGGUGACUUUGAAGAGAUCAACUGGACUGAAGAGAAAGAGUAUGAGUUUGAUGGCUUUGAAGAAGUGAUCCUCCCUGAUGUAGAAGAGGAAGAGGAACCUGCUAAGGUGUCCACAGCCUCAAAGAGCAAGAAGAGAAAGGAGAUUGGGGUCCAGAAUCAUGAUAAGGAGACUGACUGGCCUGAAGUGGCCAAGGACUGCUCCUGUUCCUGCCAUGAGGGAGGUCCUGAUUCUAAGCUGAAGAAAAGCAAGAGGAGAAAUUGUCAUUGCAGCAGCAAGGUUCGUGACAGCAAAUCUUACAAGAGCAAGGAGCCCCUGGAGUUGGUGGGUGGUAGCCCCCUUCAAGAGGCAAGUUCUAUGCCUGCAACUAAGGAAGGAGGUCAAGGCAAGGACAUGUUGGAAGAGGAAGCCCUGGAGGAGCAGGAGAAUAUUGAUGUGACCCAGAUUAGGACUGGCAGGACCACCAGAAAGGGAGAGACACCCACUCCAGGGUCGACAGUCGGGAGUACCGUGCUGUGCUCUGCAGAAGUGACUCUCGUGGAGCGACCCUUGGAGGGCUCAACCCUCUGCUCACCAGAGACUCCCGGGCUUCCUCCUCAGACUGGAGUUGAACUCUCCUCUGUCAGGAGAGACCAGGCUGGGCCUGAAGUUGUCUCCUGCCUUGACACAUCCACCAUACUUCCCGAAGAGGGCGAGGACAUGAAGUCUCUUGCUAAUUUAGAGACUAUUGUGCCGCUCCCAGACGCAUCAGAAGCCGAGAAACCGCCAAGCACUGUGGAGAUCCCCGCUUCCCUCCCCAGUCCUGUUUCCUCAAGGACCAGAGACACAGGGAGAAGACACACAUAUGGAAAAGUCUGUACUCAGAGCUGGUUACGUGAGAGCCCAGUGGAGGCAGAGACAGCCCAUAUGGUGGCUCCUGUCUGUGGAACUUCAUCAGGAGUUGGUGCCUCAGAGAUCACUCCCAAAGCUGCCAGCGGGGUCAUAGCUGAAGACAGCGGAACUCAAGGCAAAGGUCCAGAGGGGGGUCUGCCAAAAGCCUCAGAAGCUACUGUCUGUGCCAACAACAGCAAGGUCAGCUCCACUGGGGAGAAGGUGGUAUUGUGGACAAGGGAGGCUGACCGAGUGAUUCUCACCAUGUGCCAGGAGCAGGGUGCACAGCCCCACACCUUCAGCAGCAUCUCCCGGCAACUGGGGAACAAGACCCCUGUUGAGGUUUCCCACCGUUUCCGAGAGCUCAUGCAACUCUUCCGCACAGCCUGUGAGGCCAGCUCUGAGGACGAGGAGGAUGCCACCAGCACCAGCAAUGCAGACCAGCUCUCUGACCGUGGGGACCUGCUGUCUGAGGAAGAGCUGGAUGAAUGAAACCCUGGGAAGGUAUGGGUUUCAUCUGCCAAGACCAACCAACAGCCCUCUGUACAAGGGUGGUUGUACUUGACUCAUAGUGUGAUGGUUCUGCGGCCUGUGCCUCUCAGGGACUUCAGUGAAGAAGACCUUACAAACACAUUCUGUAAACAGCAUUGGUGGAGAACGGGGCUUGGCUCUUUUGUGAACUCGCUCUUUUUAAAUGUACAAAUGCAUAUGUCUUGCAGCAAUCCCAACACACUGGGUUCCGGCACCCGGCAGCUUUUAUUACAAAUUAUCUCCCCGAUACCCUUCCCUGGAACAUCAGUUUGAAAGGCUGUUACCCUCCUGGUAACACUGGGCCAGGCUGUGUAAGUCCUGCAGCAGCUCCUCCAUGUCAUCCCGCUCCACCCCAGCGUCCAUGAAGCUAGCCCAGCGCCGCAGGUCAAGUCUGGCGAGCUCUUCAGCCAAGUCUCCCAGGGUGCGGUACAAGGAUGAAGAUGAGCGCAGGGCUCCAAACACAGGGAUGCUCUGCACCGCUGUAGAGGGAGAGAGCUGGGGUCUACUCUGGGCGUGGUAGAUUGUAAAGGACAGCAGUGAAGUGUGUGUGCCAUCGCUCUAGUACGCCAGCACCCUAGAGGGGCUGUGGUCAGGUGGAGGAACGCUCAACUGUGAACUUUCUGUUUAGCACUUUUCAUUCAAAGACAAAGUAAAACUGCUCCUGUGCGGCUCAAGUGUUAGCU